UCGCUUCCUGCGGUGGAAGUUAUGACCAAAUUUUAAACAUUUCACUAGAGGAAGACAUUUUAAGAUUUUCUUAAGGGAAGUGCUUUACAGUAAUGGAGCUAAAAUUUUGUGAUGUAGGCUGUAGAAUGACUAUUUUCAGAUGUAAAUUCCACUGUUGUGUAAUGAAGUAGAUGCUGUUCAGAACUGAUGUGGUUCUUCUCUCUCUAGAAUUUCUCAGAGGUGUUUGGGCUGAAUGCGAGGAUGAGACCUGCUUUGUCCUGUGAGCUGUGGUUCUUCUUGUUCUUUCCACUCCUCUCCAAUGGACAAGCUCAAGAUGCUGUGCUGAUGACUGACCCCAACUGGUCCACUUUUUUUGUUGGAGAGUCUGUGACCUUCAUAUGUGACAUGAAUGAAGGAGAAGAUGCAGACUGGGAAUACAAGAUCAACAAGGAUGGAAGAGAAUUUGUUCGCUACAAUAUGCAUGAACGCUACAUAUUAGAACUUCUGUCUACAGACCGCAGUGGUGAUUAUCAGUGUGUUGGUCGCAAGAAGAGCUCCCAGUAUAUAAAGAACAGCAACACUGUCUCUCUAAAUGUUUCAGCUAAACCCAGGGCCACACUGACAGCAGAAACAACAACCAUACCAGUAGGAGGCAGUGUGACACUGACCUGCUCUGUGCAGAACUCUGUUGGAUGGAAAUAUGAGUGGUUCAGACGUAUUGAGGGAACCUCUGAAGUUCGGGUGGAUCCAGUUAUAACAAAUGAUGAACAAAACAGAGUUAUCAGUGUAUCACAAGGAGGAAUCUACCGGUGCAGAGGAACAAGAGGAAAUCCAGUUUACUACACUGAUAUAAGUGAUGAGGUCACCAUUGGCGUGACCCCUAGACCCAGGGCCACACUGACAGCAGAAACAACAACCAUACCAGUAGGAGGCAGUGUGACACUGACCUGCUCUGUGCAGAACUCUGUUGGAUGGAAAUAUAAGUGGUACAGACGUACUCAGAGAACCUCUGAAGUUCUAAUGGAUCAAGUUAGAACAAAUGAUGAACAAAACAGAGUUAUCAGUGUAUCACAAGGAGGAAUCUACCGGUGUGGAGGAAUAAGAGGAAAACCAGAUUACUACACUGAUAUAAGUGAUUCUGUCACCAUUGAGAUAACCUUUUCCAUUGAGGCUGUUCUAAGACGACAACCAGACUGGACUCAGAUGUUCAGUGGUGAAACAAUCACUCUGACAUGUGAGGUCCAUGGAGGUGAAAACACCAAGUGGGUGUAUGACUGGAGAGGACCUGGGACAUAUGUACACUGGAAAGAUGAGAACUACCUGAAAUUUAGUGUUUCAGAGUCCAGCAGUGGAGACUACAUGUGUAGGGGUAGACUCAGAGAUGACUUCUAUUCUUCAACUGAGUGGAGUAAAGCCGUCACUUUGUCAGUAUCAGCAGAUAAACCCAAAGCUGUCCUCACUGUGUCUCCAUCAUGGCUGAGUCCUGGAGCUUCAGUAACUCUGAGCUGUGAGUUUAAACAUCCAUCUGCAGGAUGGAGGUUCUACUGGUAUCAGGCUGUUCCCGAUCUAUCAGGAACCUCCUACAGUUAUGAGCUGCUGCCUGGUAGCAUCAACGGGACUGAACAAGAUUCCUUCAUUAUUCAUGGACAGACACAGACAGCAAGAUUUACAUGUAGAGCUGGAAGAGGAGACCCAGAGUAUUACACUGAUUACAGUAAACCCAAGUUUGUCUGGUCUGGAGAUCUUCAUUCAGCAGCGUCUCUUACAGUGAAUCCUGACACAGUGCAGCACUUUGUCUCUAAACCUGUUUCACUGAGCUGUGAGGGAAACUCCACUAAAUGGAGAGUGAGAAUGCUCACUGGUGAUGGCAUCCUGCUCCACUGUUCUAUCUUUGGAACAAUGAGUGGAUCAACAUGUAAUGUUAAUAGGAUUCAUUACGGUACUGUAGUGUACUGGUGUGAGUCUGGAUCAGCAUUCAGCAACGCAGUCAACAUCACUGGACAGUAUGAUGAUGGUGUUAUCCUGGUGAGCCCUGUCCAUCCUGUGACUGAGGGAGAUUCUGUUACUCUUGGCUGCAAGUUGAGGACACAAAAUGUUCUUUCUAAUGUGUUUUUCUAUAAAAACGACAAACUCAUCCAAAAUGAUUCCAGAGGAGAGAUGAACAUCUCUGCAGUGUCAAAGUCAGAUGAAGGUUUCUACAAAUGUCAAUACAAAGGAAAAGAAUCAGCACAGAGUUGGAUGGCAGUGAAAAAGUCCAGUUCUGAAAACUCUUCAUUUCCUGCUCUGCUGAUCAUUGGGCUGGUUUGUGGAGUUUUACUGAUGAUUCUUCUGCUGCUGUUGUGUUGCUACAAACACUCAAAGGAUUCAUGCUUCAUCAGGUCUCAGAGCACAAAUCAGCGCUCUGCUGCAGACGACACCAUCAACCAGGAUGAAGCUCUGAACAAUGAAUGUGUCUUUCCUGUCAACGGUGAUGCUUGUCUCUAUGAAUCAAUCAAAGACGCUGAUAAAGAUGAAUCCUCAGAGGUCACAUAUUCUGCGAUUGAGCUUCAAGACACAACCAAGAAGGGGAAGAAGACGAAACCAGAGGAGAGUGCAGUUUACUCUGUUGUGAAGAAAGGAUCAUCUAUAGAUGACAGUCUGACGUACGCUCAGGUUCUCCCCCACAAGAAAGAUAAAGCCAAGAGAGACAAAGGACAAUCAGCAGCUGAAGAAACAGUUUAUUCUGAAGUGAAACCAGGAAGAGCUGCAGUGUUCUUUCCACUCCUCUCCAAUGGACAAGCUCAAGAUGCUGUGCUGACGACUGACCCCAACUGGUCCACUUUUUUUAUUGGAGAGUCUGUGACCUUCAUAUGUGACAUGAAUGAAGGAGAAGAUGCAGACUGGGAAUACAAGAUCAACAAGGAUGGACGAGAAUUUGUUCACUACAGUGCGUAUGAACGCUACACAUUACGACUUCUGUCUACAGACCGCAGUAGUGAUUAUCAGUGUGUUGGUCGCCGGAAGAGCUCCCAGUAUAUAAAGAACAGCAACACUGUCUCUCUAACUGUUUCAGUUACACCCUGGCCCACACUGACAGCAGAAACAACAACCAUACCAGUAGGAGGCAGUGUGACACUGACCUGCUCUGUGCAGAACUCUGUUGGAUGGAAAUAUGACUGGGUCAGACGUACUGAGGGAACCUCUGAAGUUCUAAUGGAUCCAGUUAGAACAAAUGAUGAACAAAACAGAGUUAUCAGUGUAUCACAAGGAGGAAUCUACCGGUGCAGAGGAUCAAGAGGAAAACCGGUUUACUACACUGAUCUAAGUAAUGAGGUCACCAUUGAGAUAACCCUUUCCAUUGAGGCUGUUCUAAGACGACAACCAGACUGGACUCAGAUGUUCAGUGGUGAAAGAAUCACUCUGACAUGUGAGGUCCAUGGAGGUGAAAACACCAAGUGGGUGUAUGACUGGAGAGGACCUGGGACAUAUGUACGCUGGAAAGAUGAGAACUACCUAAAAUUUAGUGUUUCAGAGUCCAGGAGUGGAGACUACAUGUGUAGGGGUAGACUCAGAGAUGACUCCUAUUCUUCAACUGAGUGGAGUAAAGCCGUCACUUUGUCAGUAUCAGGUAAACCAAAGGCCCUGUUAAAUGCUGACGUCAGAGACAUUCCAGUAGGAGGCAGCGUGACCCUGAUCUGCUCAGUGAACCCAUCGUCUGGAUGGAAAUAUUACUGGUACAGAGAUGAGAAAUUUUCUCAUCCUUUGACCUCCCAAGAUGCUGUUUUCCAUUCAAAUGGACAAAUCAGUGUCUCAGAGGGAGGAUUGUACAGGUGCAGAGGAGGAAGAGGAGACCCUGUUUAUUACACAGAGUACAGUUAUUCAGUCAGAAUCAGAAACAAUGUCCCAAACAGGGCAGUUUUGACUCUGCAACCUGACUGGCCUCAGAUAUAUAGAGGAGAGAAGAGAACUCUGAAAUGUGAGAUCCAUGGAGGAGACAUUGAAUGGAAAUAUGAAUGGAAAUCUACCAGUUCAAAGAAACCUCCAAAUCAAAAUGAAUUCAUCAUUUUUUCUUCUAAUUCACUCUACAAUGGAGAGUAUCAGUGUAAAGGCAUCACGAAAACCACAAAACAAUCUUCAACAGCCUGGAGUGAUCCCUUCAGUUUGUUAGUGUUGGAAAAUAAACCCAAAGCUGUCCUCACUGUGUCUCCAUCAUGGCUGAGUCCUGGAGCUUCAGUAACUCUGAGCUGUGAGGUUGAACAUCCGUCUGCAGGAUGGAGGUUCUACUGGUAUCAGGCUGUUCCUGAUCUAUCAGGAACCUCCUACAGUUAUGAGCUGCUGCCUGGUAGCAUCAACGGGACUGAACAAGAUUCCUUCAUUAUUCAUGGACAGACACAGACAGCAGGAUUUACAUGUAGAGCUGGAAGAGGAGACCCAGAGUAUUACACUGAUUACAGUGAACCUAAGUUUGUCUGGUCUGGAGAUCUUCAUUCAGCAGCGUCUCUUACAGUGAAUCCUGACACAGUGCAGCACUUUGUCUCUAAAUCUGUUUCACUGAGCUGUGAGGGAAACUCCACUAAAUGGAGAGUGAGGGGCUUUACUGGUGGUGGCAUCCUGUUUCACUGUUCUGACUGGGGAACAAUGAGUGGAUCAACAUGUAAUGCUAAUAGGAUACUUUACGGUACUGUAGUGUACUGGUGUGAGUCUGGAUCAACAUUCAGCAACGCAGUCAACAUCACUGGACAGUAUGAUGAUGGUGUUAUCCUGGUGAGCCCUGUCCAUCCUGUGACUGAGGGAGAUUCUGUUACUCUUGGCUGCAGGUUGAAGACACAAAAUGUUCUUUCUAAUGUGUUUUUCUAUAAAAACAACAAACUCAUCCAAAGUGAUUCCAGAGGAGAGAUGAGCAUCUCUGUAGUGUCAAAGUCAGAUGAAGGUUUCUACAAAUGUCAAUAUUCAGGAAAAGAAUCAGCUCAGAGUUGGAUGGCAGUGAAAAAGUCCAGUUCUGAAAACUCUUCAUUUCCUGCUCUGCUGAUCAUUGGGCUGGUUUGUGGAGUUUUACUGAUGAUUCUUCUGCUGCUGUUGUGUUGCUACAAACAGUCAAAGGAUUCAUGCUUCAUCAGGUCUCAGAGCACAAAUCAGCGCUGUGCUGCAGACGACACCAUCAACCAGGAUGAAGCUCUGAACAAUGAAUGUGUCUUUCCUGUCAACGGUGAUGCUUGUCUCUAUGAAUCAGUCAAAGACGCUGAUAAAGAUGAACCCUCAGAUGUCACAUAUUCUGCGACUGAGCUUAAAAAGGUGGCAAAGAAAGGGCAGAAAAAGAAACCAGAGGAGAGUGCAGUUUAUGCUGUUGUGAAGAAACAAUCAUCUACAGAUGCUAAACUGGUCCUUUAUACACUGGAGAGUCUAUAA